GAGAGAGAGAGAGAGAGAGAGAGAGAGAGAGAGAGAGAGAGAGAGAGAGUGGGGAAGGAUAUAUCUAGUCAAAGCAGCUCUGCUUGCUCCUCAGUGUUGUGAGGGAAGAGACAGAGGACGUGUGAGAAGACAAGAUGGAGCGCUGGAACAGAUGAAGACUGUCACUGGUCCCAUCCGGCGGUCCACAUGAGCGUAUCGAAACCUCCUCCGCCCCACUCCCACUUCGCCCCCCCACCCAACUCUUCCACCUCCUCCCAUCUCUCCAUCCCUCCCUCCUCCUCCACCCCAUCCUCCCCCGCACCUUCUCGUGCUACCUCCUCUGCUCCCAGAUCUCUCCCUCCGCCCUCUCCCGUCAAGAUCUCCAUGCAGGAGCACUUUGCCAUCAACGUGUGCCCGGGGCCCAUAAUGCCUAUCCCACAGAUCUCCGACUUCUUCCCGCGCUUCCACGACUUUCCCAUGACCCCUCCCCCGCCCCGGGAGAAGAAGAUCCUGAAGGAACCAGAUUUCGGAUUGAGCAAUGGAGGGGAGAUGGACGGAGAGAAUAAGGAGAGGAAACCCAUCGAAGAGGACCGGGGGGAAAGGCAAGAAGGGGUGGAUUCGGACGACGAUGAUGAAACUUAUCUGGGCACCCUGGAGUUCACCCUGCUCUUCGAUCACGAGAACAACUGUCUACACUGUACAAUCCACAAGGCCAAGGGACUAAAGGCCAUGGACUCCAACGGACUGGCCGAUCCAUACGUCAAGCUCCACCUCCUGCCUGGAGCAAGCAAGGCGAACAAGCUCCGCACCAAAACACUGAAGAACACUCUGAACCCGGUGUGGAGUGAGACACUGAUGUACCACGGCAUCACCGCUAUCGACAUGACCACCAAAACCCUCAGGCUGUGUGUGUGCGACAUGGACAGGCUCGGUCGUAACGAGUUUAUCGGAGAGGUCCGGGUCGCCUUGAAGAAACUGAGCAAGGGCGAGAGCAAAAGAUUCAAAAUGGGUCUGGAGAGAAUCACACAGAACAAAGACAUCAACAAAGAAACUGUGGAGCAAGGAACACCUGUAGCUGAGGAAGAGCGUGGUCGUAUCCUGGUGUCGCUCUGCUACAGCCCAGAAAAGAGCUGUUUACUGGUUGGCAUCGUACGCUGUGCCCACCUCGCCGCCAUGGACUCCAAUGGGUACUCUGACCCCUUCGUCAAGAUUGUGCUGCAGCCUGAUAUGGGGAAAAAGUCCAAGUACAAAACCACAGUGAAGAAGAAAACUCUCAAUCCCGAGUUUAAUGAGGAGUUUGUUUACGAAGUUCCACACGACCAGCUGGCGAAGAAAACCCUGGAGAUCUCUGUAUGGGACUACGAUCUGGGGAUGAGCAACGACUUCAUAGGUGGAGUUGAACUGGGCAUAAAUGCUAAGGGAGUGAGGCUGAAACAUUGGUUUGAGUGUCUCAAACACAUCGGCAAGAAGGUCGAGUACUGGCACGCCCUCACGCAGCAAGGAGCCCCUCCGGAGCCCCCCCCUCCGCAGUGACUGACACACACACACACACACUUUAUCGCAAUCAUUAAAUGAUAAUCAAUGAAUGGUGAAGAAAGAACAAAACAAUGAAGUAACAAAGUAAUAAUAGUGAUAAAUAUGCAAUAAUGAGACGGAUAAUGAUGAUAUAAUAAUAACAAUAUUAAUUAUAAUAAAAAUAAUAAUAGUGGGUAAUUAUCCCAAUUUAGAUUGUUUUCUAAGUAAGUACAUUUGUGAAAAUGUCCCUCAUUGAAAUGUUUAACGUGAAAGUGCUAACCAAUUUGACCUUGGCCCUCAAUAUUGUGACGUCACUUGCAUUUCAGCCAUUCAAAAUGUACAUGAACAGUGUAGAACCUCUUACUUGCACUGUAAACUCCAAUACUGGAACAGUCUGUGAGCGCCUGUGGGCCCAUUGCCCAACAAGGUCUUGUUACGAACGUUGGAAUCGCUAGGUUGUUUCUACCAGGGAUGUAGUUGAAAAAGGUGGGUAAAAGAUGACUGGCAUCUAGCAACGCUAAUGCUAACUGCUCUCACUGUUCUAGGACGUAUGGGCAACUGCAUACUUGGUGUGUCUCUGAAAGUGGCCGUGGCGAAUAAAGUGGGUGGAUCGACAGCGAUGGGUGUAACGUCAGCGCUCUGUUAUUGGUUAGACGGUUUUGACUGAGCGGUGUUGUUUUUUUUCUUCUCUCGCUUCUUCGUUGCUUGGACUUCAGUUUUGAAGCCAGAAGAUGAGUCCAAAUUGUAUUUCACCGCUAUAAAGAAUUGUAUGUUUUCAGUGAAUAAAACUGACAACUUUUAAAAAUAUUUUUCAUUAAAAGUACUGAUGAUGGGUGUA